GAGACCGCUUGAACCGUGUGAUUCAUUCCAAAGUGAGGGAAUGUGACAAGACUGACAACGCUGAGACUCACCAAAAUCGACGAUUAAAUGGAUUAAGACAGUAAAAAAAUGAAAUAUGUAUUUUGUAUUUGAAUAGCUGAACCGGUUUGAACAUGAAGUUGGUUAAUAAAGACAUCGAGAAGGAUAAUGCCGGUCAGGUGACGCUCAUACCUGAGGAGGCAGAGGACAUGUGGCAUACCUACAACCUGCUUCAGGUGGGAGACAGUCUCCGAGCCUCCACCAUCAGGAAGGUGCAGACGGAGUCGUCCACAGGCAGUGUGGGCAGUUCUCGAGUACGCACCACACUCACUGUAUGUGUGGAGACCAUCGACUUUGAUUCUCAGGCCUGUCAGCUGAGAGUGAAGGGAACCAACAUCCAGGAGAACCAGUAUGUGAAGAUGGGCGCCUAUCACACCAUUGAACUGGAGGUAAACAGGAAGUUCACACUUGCCAAAAAAUGCUGGGACAGUGUGGUGCUGGACAGAAUUGAACAAGCAUGUGAUCCCGCUCAGAAAGCAGAUGUGGCCGCUGUGGUGAUGCAGGAAGGUCUUGCCAACUUGGUGCUUGUGACCCCUGCCAUGACCUUGCUGAGGGCAAAAAUUGAGGUCACUAUUCCCCGCAAGAGGAAAGGCAGCUGCACCCAACAUGACAAGGCAUUAGAGCGCUUUUAUGAGGCUGUUAUGCAGGGGAUUCUCAGACACUUCAGUUUUGAUGUGGUGAAGUGUAUUCUGGUGGCCAGUCCAGGUUUCGUGAAAGAUCAGUUCAUCUCAUACAUGUUCAAAGAGGCAGUAAGACAAGAUUGUAAAAUCCUGCUGGAGAACAGACCCAAAUUCAUGCUGGUACACGCCUCAUCCGGACACAAGUACUCACUAAAAGAAGUUCUGUCUGAUCCAGCAGUCACAGCUCGAUUGUCUGACACAAAGGCAGCUGGAGAGGUGAAGGCUCUGGAAGACUUUUACAAAAUGCUUCAACAGGAGCCUGAUCGAGCUUACUAUGGGUUGGCUCAUGUGGAGAAAGCGAGUGAAGCUUUAGGCAUUGACAUCUUACUGAUCAGUGACAAACUAUUCAGGCAUCAGGACAUAGCCACUCGCAGCCGUUAUGUUCGGCUGGUGGACAACGUCAGAGACAAUGGAGGAAAUGUUAGAAUGUUCUCAAGUCUGCAUGUAUCUGGAGAGCAGUUGAAUCAGCUGAGCGGCGUGGCAGCAAUCCUGAGGUUCCCCAUUGCUGACGUGUCUGAGGCUGAGGACGACAGCAGCUCUGAUGAAGCCUAAAAUUAUCAUCAUCUCAUGGGUCUCAUGCUAAAGAGAUAUUGUUCGAAAGAUUGGAGACACGUCACAUUUAGGACUGCAUGGAGUUAAGACUCCAUAACUGCCUUAAUAAAGGAUCUGAAAGCAAUUGAAACAUGAAAAAAAAAAUUUAAUAUGUGUCUUAAGAGUAAUUAUUACGCAGGAAAGCACUAAAGAAUACUUAAAUGCCAAACAAUACUCUAAUAAUCCAUUAGCCACAAAACUAAAACAUUUUGUAUGUACACAGUACUUAAGAAACAUAGAAUUACACCCAUUCUGUGACAGUAGAGUUAAAGUAAUAAAUUCACAAAUUUCUUAAUAGUGAUAGAUGGAUUGAUGGUUUCUGAGCAAAAGAUGGUUUUGCAUCACUGUGUAGCAACUUCAGAUUGUAAUUUUUCCCACACUAUUUGUGCUACAAACACGAAUGUACCUCAAAUUAUGCAGCUUUUUAUGGAGAGGUGCGAUCUGACCUGAAUCAUAGAGAUUUAAGGGGGGCUCUUUUGACUUGCAAUCAAUCAACCCAGAACACCCUAGCAACGGCAUAGCAAGUAUGCUUAAACCACUCAGUAAAACUUUUUUUAGGUAAAAGUUAUUUACAUGCCAAGUCUGUGUAACCUGGAAGUACUGGAGUAGAUGGAUUUCCAGUAUCUUACCCUGAAGGAAGCAGCAGUGAUCUGUUGAGUAAUGUGAGAUUAGCUGAGCAUGUACUAGCAUUCAUGCCAAAUCAAAGGGAAUGGUGCCAGUGAUGCAUACCAAGUUUCGUCUUGGUAUGCCACACCGUUGGUAAAAUACAGCGUUUUAUGAAAUAAUUGAAAAUGGCGAACGUGCAAUAUGGCCGACAUAAAGACAUAGGAUAUCAUUCUCCCAAUAACUCCCAAUGGCUCAAUGAAUUUAUAGAGACCAGUUCCAAUAUUUAAGGUUAUAUUCAAAAGUUAUAAGCAAACAUAGCAUUUUUCCAUAUUUUUACCAGUAGGUGGUGCUGUCCCAAAGCAGCCCAGGUAUGCUCAGGUCAUUGAGAUGAUUCUAUAUACCAAGUUAUGUUUCAAUAUGCCAAAGUGUUGCAAAGAUACACAAAUUUACACUUAUAUUUCUGCUCAUAACUUUAUAAACAUGUGGUCAAAAACUAGAUAUUCUUUUCUCAGAUUCUGUGGCUCAUGCUGAAUACAUACCCUGGUUCCAAUUUCCACCCAACUAGACUUUCCUUCAAUGACAAUUUGCCACUCCUACAAAUUUAGUCAAAUCUUUCCCACAUUUGGCUCAGAUGAUCUUCAGAGCAAGACGCACAGAAUCUAUCAAUAAACGUUUUCAUUUUCAAACCAUUGUUGAGAAAUCAGCUUGCGUAUGUGGUGGCAAGGAGGCCAAACACAAAGUGAGGCUUUAGCUAGUCUACACUUUGGCAUAUUGUAUAUUUCAUUGGCACCAUGACCUGAGGGUAUCACACCAGUUUAGGGCCACUGCCACCUAUUGGGGAGAAAUGUGAAAAAGGUCUUUUGCUUAUACCUUUUGAAUUGUUUGGCCUAAAAUCAUGAACUUGGCCUCUUUCGCUUCCUUGGGUCAUACACAAUAUGAUGUCAAUUUCCAUGGCCAGCGAUGUUGUUCACUGGACAUUUUGUUAUAAAAUUCAAUGCUUUGGUGUAUCAAGACAAACCUUGAUGCAUAUCAUUAUCACCAUGACCUAAAAAUGUCUCAGCAGUUUGGAGACCGCACCAGCUAGUGUUUUCAAUGUUAUUAAUAAAUGCUUAUAACUUUAAAAAUCUUUGUCUACAAUCAUGAGUCUUCUUAGCAGUGGUGGGCCGUGCAUUUACAAUCUAGGUCUUCAGUGUGAUUCGUCCCAUUAAGAAAACACAGUUUCACAUUGAAUAACACCCUAUGACAUUGUGCUUCAUACAUUAUGUCACAGCUAACUAGUAAUACCAAUUGACAUUUUAAAAACACAUCCACACAUGAAAGCCAGAACUUGAAACGACACUUAGUGCUCAAGAAAGCCUAAUAUUAACUGCAGCAUGACUGUUUUGUGAAAUGAACGUCUCCAGAACAUAUGAUAAUUUUUCAUAAGAAUCUACCAAGGAGGUCUAUAAUACCUGGAAAAAUCUAUCUAAUAAUAUUUGUGAUUUAAAUGUUGCUUGCAAUAAAUUUAGUUUCUUCAGGGUACACGGUUAUGCUGCGUUCCAUUUAAAUUUGAUGUGGGAUAUUCCUACUCGAUAUCUCCAACCAUCAGUGGCGGAUCAGUGGGCAAGGGCAAAUUCUAUAGAAAUUUUGAAGGCCUGACGGGGUGGAGCUCAGACUCACAUGCUGCUUCAGGCAAGUGAUUUGUGAAACAGUUGUCACACUUUGAUAAAAAAAAAAUUAUUCUUUUAUUUGUAGAUUAAUUAAGAGUGUAACGUGAUUGAGAAUAAAAGGAUGAAAAAUAUUUAUUAAUUUGGCAUGUUACGCUAGCAGAGAAGGCUUUGCUGUCCUUGAGAAAUUGCCACUGCUCCUUAGAUUUGGUAUGACUGAAAUAAUGCUUCUGAAAUCACAUUUUUGGGCAUUAUUUGACUGCUCAGUCUUUUUUUCAGAACUAGGGAGCAAUAUUGGUACUUGCAGCAAUAUUGUCAUUAUUGCCUUUGACUUCAUUGUGUCAUGUUCUUGUUACUUUAUGUUCAUUAAAAAAAAAUAUAUAUAUAUUUGGUGUUUUAACAGCUUUUAAAAGACUUUCAAGCUCAGCUUGUUUAAUUGAAGUAUUUGUAUAGUACUGUCCCAUUU